AGGAGGAGGUCUCCUGUCACAGAAGGAUAACGGCAGCUCAAGAAAAAUCAGACGGCUCACCGGGGUGCAAGAGCAGAUUCCGGCAUCACUUUUGGAGCCGACCAUGAUGCUUCUUCGGCGCGCAUGCUGCGUCGUCAGCCUGCCGCUGUGCAUGCUGGCGGGCUUCAGCGUGCUCCUACUGGAGGUGGCCGCCGCUUCCCAGCAGGGGAUCCCGCUGUCGGUUGUAAAACUGUGGGCUUCAGCUUUUGGAGGAGAGAUUAAAUCCAUUUCUGCCAAAUAUUCUGGAUCCCAGCUGCUGCAAAAGGAACUGUGGGCCAUCACAGUGCCACGUCCCGGGAGCAACUCCAGCUCAGAGGCCUCCUCUCCCUCAACCAAAGGCAGCGGCAGGAUUAAUUCUCGAAUCUUAUGUCCCGGAGUGUGGGAGGAAGGCGGAACAACCCGAGUAAAUCCACGCAGAUACGGCGAAAGCAUCCAGACAGCGUUUCGAAAGCGACUCCAGGCUCAAAACCAGGGACCACCUUGCCCUGAGAAGUACAAGCCACCAGAAAAAUCAGUCCGAGUAGAAGAAAUCGAUGGUGUCAAGUUGGUGAAAAACCUGGCGGUGAAAAUGGAGGAAAUGUUCCGCAAAAAGGCAGAAGCCACCAGGAGGCUGGUGGAGGCUGCAGAAGAGGCACAUCAUCAACACAAAGAAAAUCCAGACCUGCAGUACGAGUACUUCAACGCUGUGCUGAUCAACGAAGUGGACAACGAGGGCAACAACGUAGAGUUGGGAGCAGAGUUUCUCCUGGAGCCAAACGACCACUUCAACAAUCUGUCCGUCAACCUCAGCCUCAGCGUCGUGCAGGUGCCCACCAACAUGUACAACAAAGAUCCGGACAUAGUCAACGGGGUCUACUGGUCCGAAGCUCUGAACAAAGUGUUUGUGGACAAUUUUGAAAGAGAUCCCACUCUUAUUUGGCAGUACUUUGGUAGCGCAAAGGGUUUCUUCAGGCAGUACCCUGGGGUGAAGUGGCAUACGGAUGAAAACGGGGUGAUAGGCUUUGACUGCAGGAAUCGGAAGUGGUACAUCCAGGCUGCAACUUCACCCAAAGAUGUCGUCAUCUUAGUAGACGUCAGCGGCAGCAUGAAAGGUCUGAGAUUGACCAUCGCCAGACAAACGGUCUCCUCGAUUCUCGACACGCUCGGAGAUGAUGAUUUCUUUAACAUUAUUGCGUAUAACCAGAACAUUCAUUAUGUGGAGCCUUGUUUGAAUAGCACUCUGGUGCGGGCAGACAGAACCAAUAAAGAUCAUUUUCGGGAGCAUCUGGACAAGCUGUUUGCCAAAGGGAUUGGACUUCUGGGGCAGGCGUUGACCGAAGCGUUCACAAUUCUCAGUGAAUUCAAUCAGACUGGCCAUGGGAGUGUGUGCAACCAGGCCAUCAUGCUCGUGACAGACGGGGCAACUGAAAUGUACGAUGAUGUGUUUGAGAAGUACAAUUGGCCCCAGAGAAAGGUACGUAUAUUCCCCUACCUGAUUGGACGGGAGUCUGCCUUUGCCGAUAACCUGAAAUGGAUGGCGUGCGCCAACAAAGGAUAUUUCAGUCAGAUUUCCACAUUAGCGGACGUUCAAGAGAACGUGAUGCGGUAUCUGCACGUCAUGAGUCGUCCCAAAGUUAUUGACCACGAGCACGACACCGUGUGGACCGAGGCUUACGUGGACAGCGCCCUUUCCCAGGCACACAAGUUAAAUGACAAAGCGGGCCCAAGUCUGACCACCACAGUUGCCAUGCCUGUCUUCAGUACUAAAAAUGAGACGAAGAAUCAGGGUAUUUUGUUGGGGGUCGUCGGAACAGACAUCCCUCUGCAGGAGCUGAUGAAGCUCAUUCCCAAACAUAUGUUAGGCAUCCACGGCUAUGCCUUUGCCAUCACAAACAACGGCUACAUCCUCACGCAUCCCGACCUGAGGCCUUUGUAUCAGGAGGGUCAGAAGAGGAGAAAGCCCAACUACAGCAGCGUGGAUCUCUCAGAGGUGGAGUGGGAGGACAAAGACGACAUUCUGCGCAACGCCAUGGUGAACAGGCGGACGGGGACCUUCUCUAUGGAGGUGAAGAAGACGGUAGACAGAGGGAGGCGUGUGUUGAAGAUGCACAAUGACUAUUACUACACGGAUAUCAAAGGGACUCCAUUCAGUGUUGGGGUAGCACUCUCGAGAGGACACGGCAAGUUUUUCUUCAGAGGAAACGUGUCCGUUGAAAAAGGGCUCCGUGAUCUGGAACAGCCAGAUGUCGCCUUGGCAGAUGAAUGGACGUACUGCAACACAGAGGAGCAGCACGAGCACCGUCACCUGACUCAGAUUCAAGCUAUCAAGCUCUUCAUGACGGGUCGCAGGCCCAACCUCAAGUGCGACCGAGAGCUGAUCAAGGAAGUGUUAUUUGACGCUGUUGUCACCGCUCCACUCGAGGCUUACUGGACCGGACUGGCUCUCAACAAGUCAGAGAACUCAGACAAAGGAGUGGAGAUCGCCUUCCUGGGCACGCGCACCGGCCUGUCAAGAACCAACCUGUUUGUAGCUGCAGAUCAGCUCUCCAAUCAAGAUUUCCUGACAGCCGAGGACAAGGAGGGCGUGUUCAAUGCCGAUCACUUUCCUCUGUGGUACAAGAGAGCGGCGGAGCAGGUCCCAGGGACAUUUGUUUACUCCAUCCCCUUCAGCACAGCUUUGGAGAAUAAAAGUGUUGUUUUGGCAAGCACAGCAAUUCAGCUCCUUGAUGACCGAAAAUCACCAAUUGUUGCAGCUGUGGGGCUUCAGAUGAAGCUUGAGUUCUUUCAGAGGAAGUUUUGGACCGCCUGUAGACAGUGUACAGCUCUGGAUGGGAAAUGCAGCAUUAGCUGUGAUAGCGAGGACAUCAACUGUUACCUCAUUGACAACAACGGCUUUAUUCUUGUCACGGAGGAGCAAUCACAGACAGGGCUCUUCUUUGGCGAGGUGGAAGGUGCCGUGAUGAACAAACUCCUCCAAAUGGGCUCGUUCAAAAGGAUCACACUUUACGACUACCAGGCUAUCUGCAGAGAGUACGCUGGGAGCAGCGACAGCGCACGCACUUUGUCAGAUCCUUUCACUGUUGUCAAGUGGCUCCUUACCGAACUUGUGAUUUUUCUCCUGGAAUUCAACCUGUACAGCUGGUGGAAUGUCGAUCUGUCGGUUAAAGCUCAGAGAUCUCCGGGAAAGACGACGAUGGUGCCUUGUGACACAGAAUACCCCGCCUUCGUCUCAGAGCGCACUAUCAAAGAGACCACUGGAAACAUUGAAUGCGAUGGCUGUGUCAGAUCCUUUGUCAUACAGCAGAUUCCCAGCAGCAAUCUUUUCAUGGUUGUUGUGGACAACAAGUGCAACUGCAACAACGCUCCACCAGUAACCAUGGAUCCAAUUGAGAUCAUGUAUAACGAAUCCCUGAAGUGUGACCGACUGAAGUUUCAGAAGGACAGAAAGAAGCCGGAAUCAUGUCAUCCUUUCCACCCUGAGGAAAAUGCCAUGGAGUGCGGUUCAGCUUCCCGUCUCUACAGUCCUCUCACAGCAGCUUUGCUCCCCUUAAUAGCAGCGAGUGUCAGCAGGUGACCAUCAGCAGCAGAAGUUUGCAGCAGCCACGAACGGACUUAACAACAAAAGGCAUCCAAACCAUUAACACGUAGGAAACAAGGCCAAUCACAAAUGAUUUCUGCAGGAAGCGCUUUAGUGAGAACAACAUUCUUACUCACACUGAGACUCAUCCAUUCAUGCAGAAAACGUUUUUUGUAGAUUAUGCCACUGACAGCUCACUGUGGUGAUAAUUGUUAUUUGUGUAAUAAAUACAUUUGUGGUUGCUGUGAGGACUUGUGAUAUAUAAAAAAAAAGAAUGCCGAACAGUCAAGAAAGUAGUUUGGGCAAAAGAUUGCUGAAACACUCAUAUUUAUUUUUGUUCACACUGUAUAUUUAAGAUUUAUCCACAAGAAACAUGUAAAAUAUCAAAGAGUAGUAAGAGCACUUUAACUUGCUUUAUUCUGCCAUUUUGUUUGCCAUUGUCAGACACACUAUUGAUGCAUGUUUUGACUGUGUGUUCAAAGAAUGUUAAAUGAGUAUGUCUCAUCAAAACGAUCACGAAUAAAGACAUAUUUUUCCUUGA